CUAAUGCAGUAGAGAUAACACCAAAGAGAAGAGUAUUGAGAAGGUAAUUAAUGGGAGUUGUGGCUCAAAACCUAGACCUGAUUUUGGUCCCUUCAGGGCUUUUGAUCAUGUUCACCUAUGAUCUCUACCUCCUCUACCGAGUCCUAAAAUAUCCUUCAACAACAGCCAUCGGCUAUGAGAACCGCAAUUGGAUGGCUUGGGUUGAGAGAAUGAUGCAGGGUGACUUGAGUUAUGUAAGCCUAGCAAUAUCAGUGUUAUCAAACAGCAUAACUGGUUCGAUCUACCUGGCUUCCUUUUGCCUUUCAUUUUUCGCUUUCAUAGGAGUAUGGGUGGGAAGUUCCAGUAGCAACGCCGUCAAUGUCGUGUUUAUACUGGGAAACACAACCCAGGCCAACAUUUCCCUCAAAAACAUAAGCAUGCUUGUAACUUUCAUGCUGGCCUUUGGGGCGUUUAUUCAGUCGGUGAGGUACUUUGUUCAGGCGAACUCGUUAAUAAGUAUGCCGAAUAAGGAUGUGCCGGUGAGUUAUGUGCAACGGUUGGUGUUAAGGGGGAAUAAUUUCUGGCAGGUUGGGCUGAGGGUGGUCUACUUUGCUAUGGCUUUCUUGUUUUGGAGUUUUGGACCAAUACCCAUGUUUGCUUCUUGUGUUGUUAUGGUCAUAUGUCUGUAUUUCUUGGAUACCAACAAGGAACCUUUGCAUCUGUUCCGGCCGCUGGUUGAGCCUCCGUUGACGAAGGUGGUGCAGGAGGUGGUUGCUGUAGCUAGGGCAUAG